GGACGAUUGCCUCCCUGCUCGGGCUUUGGUCCCUCCUCCAUUCAAAAGCGCUCAACUCUGACCUUUCAGCGAAAGCGCCUGAAGCAGCAGUAGCAGCAGUUUCACAUUUCUGCCUCCUCCGCCUCCCUCUGCAGAGACAAGUGACUCGGAUCUCCAUUCAAACACAUCUUAACGCCGAGGGAUGAGACUCCGCUCAAAAUACAGGCGACACAACUGCUGAACUUGGUGCAACGAUCCCGUCCAUGAAGAGGGAUUGCGAAUAUUAAAGACAGUUUCAACCCAAAAAGAGAAAAAAAGAUAAUAGUACUGACCGCAAAAAACACUGUCAAGUGCUAACAGCCACUCCACUACAGACUGCAAACAUGGCGAGCGCCUCCUACCAUAUCUCUAAUCUGCUGGAGAAAAUGACAUCUAGCGACAAGGAUUUCAGGUUCAUGGCCACCAAUGACCUGAUGUCGGAGUUGCAGAAGGACUCCAUCAAGCUGGAUGACGACAGCGAGCGCAAGGUGGUGAAGAUGAUCCUCAAGCUCCUGGAAGAUAAGAAUGGAGAGGUGCAAAACCUUGCUGUCAAAUGUUUGGGACCUCUUGUCAGCAAAGUGAAGGAGUACCAAGUGGAAACUAUUGUAGACACUCUGUGUACAAAUAUGCUGUCGGAUAAAGAGCAGCUUCGUGAUAUUUCCAGCAUUGGAUUGAAAACCGUGAUUGGAGAACUUCCUCCCGCUUCUAGUGGCUCUGCUUUAGCUGCUAGUGUUUGUAAAAAAAUUACAGGACGUCUCACAAGUGCCAUAGCCAAGCAAGAAGAUGUUUCUGUUCAGUUAGAGGCCUUAGACAUCAUGGCAGAUAUGCUAUGCAGACAAGGGGGCCUUCUGGUAAAUUUCCACCCAUCCAUUCUGAGCUGCCUCCUGCCACAGCUGACUAGCCCCCGGCUGGCUGUGAGGAAGAGAACCAUCAUUGCCCUGGGCCACCUUGUCAUGAGCUGUGGGAACCUGGUGUUUGUGGACCUUAUUGAGCACCUGCUCGCAGAACUGUCCAAAAACGACACGAUGUCAACCACCCGGACGUACAUCCAGUGCAUUGCUGCAAUCAGCAGGCAAGCAGGCCACAGGAUUGGUGAAUAUUUAGAAAAAAUAAUUCCCCUGGUGGUGAAGUUCUGUAAUAUUGACGACGACGAGUUGCGGGAAUACUGCAUCCAAGCCUUUGAAUCCUUUGUCAGAAGGUGCCCAAAAGAAGUCUACCCACAUGUUCCCACUAUUAUCAGCAUCUGCCUGAAGUAUUUAACCUACGACCCCAAUUACAAUUAUGAUGAUGAAGACGAGGAUGAGAAUGCUAUGGAUGCAGAUGGUGCGGAUGAAGACUAUCAAGGGAGCGACGACGAGUACAGCGACGACGACGACAUGAGCUGGAAGGUGCGCCGGGCUGCUGCCAAGUGCCUGGACGCCGUGGUCAGCACGCGCCACGAGAUGCUGCCCGAGUUCUACAAGACCGUCUCCCCGGCCCUGAUCGCCCGGUUCAAGGAGAGGGAGGAGAACGUCAAGGCGGACGUCUUUCACGCCUACCUGUCCCUGCUGAAGCAGACGCGGCCGGCGCAGAGCUGGCUGUGUGACCCCGACGCCAUGGAGCAAGGGGAGACGCCUCUGACCAUGCUGCAGAGUCAGGUUCCUAUGAUUGUAAAAGCCCUUCACAAGCAAAUGAAGGAGAAGAGUGUUAAAACCCGGCAGUGUUGCUUCAACAUGCUGACCGAGCUGGUGAACGUAUUGCCAGGAGCCCUGACCCAACACAUACCAGUUUUGGUUCCAGGCAUCAUAUUUUCACUCAACGAUAAAUCCAGCUCCUCAAACUUAAAGAUCGACGCAUUGUCCUGCCUGUACGUUAUUUUGUGUAAUCAUACUCCUCAAGUCUUCCACCCUCACGUGCAGGCUCUUGUGCCUCCAGUCGUGGCUUGUGUUGGGGACCCCUUCUAUAAGAUCACUUCCGAAGCCCUGCUGGUCACACAGCAGCUGGUCAAAGUCAUACGACCUCUGGACCAGACAGCAGCUUUUGAUGCCUCCCCUUACAUUAAAGACCUCUUCAGCUGUACCAUAAAGCGGCUCAAGGCUGCAGAUAUUGAUCAAGAAGUGAAAGAGCGAGCCAUUUCCUGCAUGGGCCAGAUCAUCUGUAAUUUAGGAGAUAGCCUGGGCAGCGACUUGCCGAGCACCUUGCAAAUCUUCCUGGAGAGGCUGAAGAAUGAGAUCACGAGGUUGACCACAGUAAAGGCGCUGACGCUGAUUGCUGGCUCCCCGUUGAAGAUCGACUUGAGGCCCAUCCUGGGGGAAGGCGUGCCCAUCCUGGCCUCCUUCCUCAGGAAGAACCAGCGGGCCUUGAAACUGAGCACGCUGGCCAGCAUGGACAUCCUCAUCAAGAACUACAGCGACAGCGUGACGCCGGCCAUGAUUGAUGCAGUGCUCGUUGAGCUCCCUCCUCUGAUCAGCGAGAGCGACAUGCACGUCUCCCAGAUGGCCAUCAGCUUCCUCACCACCCUGGCCAAGGUGCACCCCGCGUCCCUCUCCAAGAUCAGUGGCUCCAUCCUUACUGAACUGAUCGCUCUGGUGCGUUCUCCCUUGUUGCAGGGAGGAGCCCUGAGUGCCAUGCUGGAUUUUUUCCAGGCCCUGGUGGGGACUGGCACAACCAGCCUAGGGUACAUGGACUUGUUGCGCAUGUUAACGGGACCAGUCUAUGCACAGAGCACAGCACUUACCCACAAGCAGUCUUACUAUUCCAUUGCCAAAUGCGUGGCGGCACUCACUCGAGCCUGUCCCAAGGAGGGCCCGGCUGUGGUGGGCCAGUUCAUCCAAGACGUGAAGAACUCCAGGUCCACCGACUCCAUCCGCCUGUUAGCCCUUCUUUCCCUGGGGGAGGUGGGCCACCACAUAGACCUGAGCGGACAGCCGGAGCUGAAGUCGGUCAUCUUGGAUGCCUUCUCCUCCACCAGCGAGGAAGUAAAGUCGGCAGCGUCUUACGCCCUGGGCAGCAUCAGCGUCGGCAAUCUGCCCGAGUACCUGCCUUUCGUGCUGCAGGAGAUCUCCAGUCAGCCCAAGCGGCAGUACCUGCUGCUUCAUUCCUUGAAAGAGAUCAUCAGCUCUGCCUCGGUAGCCGGGCUCAAGCCCUAUGUGGAGAGCGUCUGGACGCUGCUGCUGAAGCACUGCGAAUGCACGGAAGAAGGGACCAGGAAUGUGGUUGCUGAAUGCCUUGGAAAACUCACCUUAAUAGACCCCGAAACAUUAUUGCCGAGGCUUAAAGGCUAUCUUGUGUCAGGCUCAUCCUAUGCACGUAGCUCUGUAGUCACUGCAGUGAAAUUUACCAUUUCUGAUCACCCGCAAACAAUUGAUCCACUCCUGAAGAACUGCAUAGGUGACUUCCUAAAAACGUUAGAAGACCCAGACCUGAAUGUGCGAAGGGUGGCCCUGGUGACAUUUAAUUCUGCAGCGCACAAUAAACCUUCCCUGAUAAGGGACCUCCUAGACACUGUUCUUCCACAUCUUUACAAUGAGACAAAAGUGCGGAAGGAGCUCAUCAGAGAGGUGGAAAUGGGACCAUUCAAGCACACAGUGGAUGAUGGCUUAGACAUCCGAAAGGCAGCGUUUGAGUGCAUGUACACACUGCUGGACAGCUGCUUAGACAGACUAGACAUCUUUGAAUUCCUCAAUCAUGUUGAAGAUGGAUUAAAGGACCAUUACGAUAUCAAGAUGCUGACUUUCUUGAUGCUGGCCAGGCUAUCCACACUUUGCCCGAGUGCGGUUCUGCAGAGGUUGGACAGACUUGUGGAGCCACUGCGUGCAACAUGCACAACAAAGGUCAAAGCCAACUCGGUCAAGCAGGAGUUUGAAAAGCAGGAUGAGCUCAAGCGAUCAGCCAUGAGGGCGGUAGCAGCCCUUCUGACCAUUCCAGAGGCGGAGAAGAGCCCACUCAUGAGCGAAUUCCAGUCCCAGAUCAGCUCCAACCCCGAGUUAGCCGCUAUCUUUGAGAGCAUCCAGAAGGACUCGUCAUCUGCUAACAUGGAGUCCAUGGACACUAGUUAAAAUGUCUGCUUCCGAAAACUUGGGGACCCUUUUAUUGUUCCAUGCAUUGCACUGAAACUACAGUUUAGAAAACCGAAAAACAGCAAAAAUGAUAAAGAAAACAUUGUCUAAGCUCCAGUGCUUAUCACUAUGUUCCUCUUUUACCAUAAACAACAGUAUGAUUGGCUAUUUGUUCUUGUUGCUUUUUUUGUCUAGUGUUUAAUCCAGAAAGCUGCAAAGUGCACAGGUUACUUUUCAUGCAGCGUUCAUACGCUAUCAAGUAUUAUUUGGUAGCAGAAAAAAGAAAUAAUUGAAAACCAAUUGUAUAAAACCUACUGUUGGCUUUAAGGAUGGGAGAUUUAUAGUUAUUGUCUUUUGGAGUUGGAUCCAGUUAACUCAUGAGUUAUAUCCUGGGAAGGGAGGGGGUAGGAUUCAAUCUUUAUAUAAUUUCAUGACCAUCCCUUUUUUUAUUUCCUUCUUCAGUUUCCAUGCUUUUCAUAUCUAGAUUGUUUUUGUACUGUUUGAAAUAUCAUCUCUGCCUGAUCUUUAAGUUAAGCUGUUGAGUAUCAGUCUCCAAUUGGCAGCAAGGAAACUCUGCUUCAUAAAAGUUUACUACAUUAAAGUGGUUUGGCACAGUUGGUAAAAACACAAGAUAAAUCUUUGUGAUUUUUCUUCCUGUUAAGUAGAGAGUCAUGAUAAUUUGAAUUCUUUCUUUUUUUUUGCAUGAGUGAAGUAAGCCAGUGUGCAGUUCAUCUUUUAACAGUAUAUAAAAGUUUAAAAAUUAAGACAUUUCCUGUCAUCCUCAGUAUAUACCAUUACGUUUCUUUUUCAGCUGGUGGUUAAUGGUGAGACAUGGUGUCAAAUACAAGUUUUCCUAAUUAUAGGCCUUGCUGCAGAACUUUUGGGGGGGGGGGCAGGGGAGUAAUUGCUCUAUAAGAGUAACCUAAUGCACAUCAGCAAAAAUGUGAAUGGCAAUUUUAGUGAGAGCAAUGUCCAAGGUUAAGUUUGAGAAAAAAUACACUUUGACACAAUUUACUGCAGGUAGGCUUUCAAAUGUAGCUUGGAACUCUUUCCUUUUUGGGGCCAAAUAUAGUCGUAGGAAAUCUUUAGAACCUUGUUAUCAAUCUUUUUAAGAGCUUGUUGUUCAAUAAGUUAAUCAGCAGGAUGAAUUGAAAUUGGAUGAAAAUCAUAUUCUUUCUCUUGGGCUUCGUGGAAGUAUUCAUGUCAAGACAGUGUGAUAAUAGAGUUGAGGUCCAGGACCAGUUAGGUGAACCAAGUUCAUAACAUCUCAACACUUUGGUUACAAAUCAGGUCACUGGGAAAGUUCAAUAGUUUCAGAGUAUUAUUGAGGUUGUUUUUUUUUUAAGUACAGCUGUGAUAGACACUGACAGCAAUCUAGAAAAUAAAAUGGAUACUCCUCUUUACUUUUAAAUCCUUCGUCGGUCCUCUCAGCAUUUCUUUUUUCAUAUUAAAGUCUUAGGAUUAUUUUUUCAUGUUCAAACAAAUGUUUAAAAAGCCAGACGCUUUUGCACAGCUAUGUCAUGAGAUACAUUGUUCGUGAAGAGGGAAAGUCUUUUGCUCUUGCCCUCAAGAUAUCAAGAUAAGGCUAAAAAGUUUUUUUUAAAUGUCUAAAAGGUAGGUUUCUCUUGGUUCGUUUUCUCAUGAAAUACAGUUUGCUUUGUUGGUUAAUGCACCUGCACUUGCUUUCUCUCCAGUGGGAGAAACUUCUUUGAAACCUGUCCUGUAGAUCCUACAGUAUACCUCCUGCAUCUCUCAAAAUGCUAAACCACCAUUGUUUUCAUGCAUAUUGGUGGAGACAUUAAUUCCAGUUGUUCAAAAUCCUUUUCAUAUGCUUUGAUUAAAAAGGGUCUGUUGAAACUCUCGUGCUGUAUAGAGGGCCACAGAUAACUGGUGUACUUGAUAAUCCAAAUGAUGCAAUAAACACCGAUUUAUCUUCUA